GGCGCGCGCCCCCGCCGCGGGCAAGAGCGCUCCAGCCGCCGCAGAGGGAGGAGCUGCCGCCCAGGUGGGGCAGGUGGGGAGCCUGGGCUCAGGUGUGUCCGUGGCGGCCGGGGGAAGCGAUUGCUUCCCGGCCGGUGCAGGCGGAGCAAAACGGACUCUUGGCCCCAGGAUCCAGACUCUGUCUCCCAGACUCUGCCUCGGAGGAAAGCCAUGGAAGGGGAAGUGUUAAGAAACUUCAAGGAACUUCGAGCCAAAUUUCAAAAGCUUGAUGCGCCAUCUCUUCCAGGACCUGUUAAAUUCCCAGAAGGUGUUUCUCAAAAGGGUGACCCUGGAAGCAGACAGUCCACAAAGACUUUGGCCAGUGGGAAACAUCCCUCUUCCAACCACAAUGAGCCCCUACCCGAUUGUGCCAGUGGUGACUCCCAGCCUCUUAAAGCCCAGAAAGUGAAGUUGGCUCAGAAGAGCGAGACUCAGAAAUGUUCUCAUUCCCUGGAACCUCCUGGGAGUUCUUCUGCUUCUUCAGUAAAUUCACAGAAGGCUUCUCUGCUGUUAGAUGUGAAUCAGUCAAAUGCUGAGAUAACCAAUAAGAAGAAAGUACUGGUGAACAACAGCUUCAGAAACAAGCUCUGGAACUGGGAGGUUUUGUCUCAGAAAAGUGAGAUGUCAUCAGUCUUUAUCCCUGCCAGUUGUGGAAGCAGGGCCUUCCAUCUGGAAGAGCAGAAAAGCAUGGGGCUUACUCCAGAGGAGCCCAGGAAAAAGCUGGAAAGAAAAGGAGCCCAGACCCUUCCUUCCCAGAGGCGCUUGAUGGCCCAAAGAGGAUUGUGUGCCACCUCUGAAGAUCCCACUGUUCGACUUUCUCAACAUGGCAGGAGGAGCCGAGCAAGCCCCAGUCCUGAGAGGAGCCCGGCAGGGAGCACCUGCCACCCUAUCUAUGAGGGUGAGUUCACCAGCCAGGCCCCAGAGAACCAGCCGGAUGUCAGUCAUCCACAACUUCCCAAUACCAAGCCGCUGCCUUCCGUCAAGUCCCUGGGUCCUCCUCCCGCAAAGCCACCGAGGCCCCCGGUCGUGAACCUCCAGGCCUUCCAGAGGCAGGCACCUGCUCUUCCCAAGACCCACAGGGAAGCAGCUGGGGAGGAAGGCGACCUGCCUCCAGAGAGUGCUGAAUUUGAAGAACCACAUAAUUAUGAGGCAACAAUUUCCUGUCUGAGACACUCCAGCAACUCCAUUAACCUGUGCACCACAAAAGAGAUUGCUGAUUCAACUUAUGAAGUCAGAAUUGAAGAACUCCGAAAGCCUCGGAAGAGUUUUCUCCAUCAAGAACUUCGCCUGAAACAUGAAGACGAAGAUAAAAAAAUGGAGGAAAAAGAGCCAUGCAAAUUGGAACCACGAAAAACAGAAAAGGAUCUAUAUUCAGACUAUCUUUCCAAGGUGGGUACCUAUGAAGAGACACCUGGAAGAACCCAGAUGGUGAAAGUCCACAGGGGUAGGAGGAGCACACUGGCCAGGAAGCAGGACGCUGAGAUUGACGUCAUCCAGACAGAGGCCUGCCCCGAGGACCCCAAGCUGGCCAGACACACUGAUGGCCACUGGGGAUAUGUGAAGGCCUUGGAGAUGACUAAAGAAACCCCAGGCCAAGGAGCCUUUAAGCCAAAUUCCAUUUCCGAGACGUAUGAUGAUGUUGAGUACCCCCGGAAAGAGAGAGCAAAGUCAGAUUUCUCUAACUCAUUUGUCUCAGAUAAUGAAAAUAGUGAAGAAAUGUAUGAAGAUGUCUACAAAACAAAGAGCAACUACCCAAAGAUAGAUUUAGAUGGAAAAGAAGCACUUAAAAGACUGCAGAGGUUCUUCAAGAAAGAAAAGGAUAGAUUUAAAAUGAAGAAAACCAAGUCAAAAGAAAAUAUAAGUGCACUUUCCAUUUCGCUGCCUGAUUUAGAACUUAGGUCUCAGGAAGUUAUUAUCUAUGAUGAUGUGGACAUAAAUGAAAAAAAGUCAAAUGAUGAAGAUAAACUAAAAACUUGGAAGCCCAAGUUUUUGAUAUCAAAGGAAAAAAAAGACAAAAAUGGUGCUAAAGAAUCAGAAAGGAAUUUCUUCAAAACCAAGAAGCAAAACUUAGAAAAGAACAGAAUGGAAAGAGAAGAAAAACUUUUUAGAGAAAGAUUCAAGUAUGACAAAGAAAUUACUGUCAUGAACACAGCAGUGGCAUGUUCCAAUAAUUCAAGAAAUGGAAUAUUCGACUUGCCAAUAACCCCUGGAGAAGAACUGGAAGUCAUUGAUAUCACUGAAGAAAAUCUACUGAUAUGUCGCAAUUCUAAAGGCAAAUAUGGAUAUGUGCUAAUUGAACAUCUAGAUUUCAAGCAUGAAGUUUGGUCACCUUAGGAAGAUCAAGAUCAAAUGGUACAGUCUGCACAAGUGAGAACUAGUUCUAACGUCUCAGUCCUGCCCUACAUCAAUCAGUUUACGUGUCAGCAUGAGAUGGUGGAAUCUGUGGAAACUUUCAUGAGGAAUUUAGAGGAGAAAAACAAAUCCUCCACAUUUAGAUGUUGAUUUUGCUCCUAAGCAGUUAUCUUUCAAUGUCUAUUUCAGUAUCUAUUUCAGUGCUGGCUCAAGAGACUGUGAAACAGUGUGUGUUGGCAUUCCAGCACUUGUUUAAUGAGCCAUGUCCAAAGUUAGAAAUCACGCCUUAUGGCACCUAGUCAGUUGUGCAGAUGGUUAGUUUGCUUCUAAUGCUUCUAAUAUUAGUACACGAGUGUUUAUAAUUUCUAGAAGAUGUUGUGCAUUUAAAUUGGGUGUAAUUGAAUUCUGAAAAGUAAAUAGUAUAACUAACAUCUUUUAAAUACUCCAAUUUAAGGUAUAAUCUCAAAGCAGAAGGACAUUUAUAUACCAAUUUUAUCACAAAACUAAAAUCAGACAAAUGCUGCCCAAAAUUGGUUUCUUUGGGAAUAGUAUGCUGGAAAGUAGUUUUUUUCCUAAAUUCGCCCAACAUUUUGAGAAU